AUGGUGGAGUUCCUCGUCUCGCCGAGCAGCCUGACGCGCGCCGACGCGGCCGCCGCGCCGCCGCCGCGCUUCCGCCUGCGCGGCCGACUCGACUCGACCGAGUGCGCGCUGGGCGAGCCGCUGCGCGGCGAGCUGUGCUCCGAGGUGCAGAACAUCCAGAUCGGGCUUGGCGACGUGCCGCGCGGCCUUGCCAUCCCCAUCCACAUGGUGUUCCCGCGGCUCUUCACGUGCGCCUCCGUCAGCGCCGCCCACUUCCAGAUCGACUUCUCCGUGAACGUGGUGGUGGUGUUUAAGGAUGACCACCUGGUCAGCGAGAACUUCCCGCUGAAGCUGACGCGCUACUGA